CCAGCCUUUUUCCUGCAUCCGGGCUCGGAGAGGCGGCUCUGAAGACCAGCGAGCAGCAUGGAGGUCCGCGGCGAGUCCCAGUCCGGCCCGAGCUGUUCGUCGUCCUCCCGGGAUGGCUCCGGGGUCUCGGUCUCCAAGGAGUUGCUGGUGGCGGGGAGCGGCGGCCGCGGAGGUAUAUGGGACAGGUUGCUCAUCAACCCCAAGCCUAAUUCCAGAAAGAAUUCUACUCUUCAAACAGUUCGGAUAGAGAGGAGUCCCUUGCUGGACCAAGUACGGACCUUUCUCCCACAGAUGGCUCAGGCAAAUGAAAAGCUAAGAAAAGAAAUGGCAACUGCUCAACCUGGUCAUUUCAAUAUUGAAAAUACUGAUGAGACUCUUGGACAAGUUAUUCAAAUGGACGUGGCCUUGUUUGAGAUGAAUCAGUCUCAUUCGAAAGAAGAGGACAGUUCGGAAGAGAAUUCACAAGACAGUUCAGAAGAAAGUUCAGAAUCUGAGGAUGAAGGUGACAGCAUCUCUUCUGAAGAUACUAUGGUGCUUUUUUGCAAUAUUGAAUGUACUUUGUUUCUUGGAGAAACAGAAGCUGGCUUUUAAAGACCUAGAAGAGAUAGCAUUUGGAGAUCCUCUCAGAGCACACUGUAUUUGAUUUCAUGCUAAAGAGAUUGUGUUUAGAAAGCUUAAUUUUAUGUAUAGUAAUGAGUGAGUUUGUUGGCAUUCUUCUUCAUAGCAUAGACUUCAGAAAUCUCAAACUUAUUUUAAGGUAAAAAUACAUAUCACCUGUUCAUUUUUACUUUAAAUUGUCCACUUAGAUAAAACAACCUAGGUUGGUUUUUAUUUUUUAAGUUAUUAUAAAGUCAGAUUUAUUUAUUACCAUCAAAAUGGGGUCAAUGAGGGAGAAAUCUUUUAAAGAGGUUUUUUACAAAGAAAAUAAUUACUUACAUUUAGCCACCCUCAGACAUAUCUACUUUCAUUAAAAAAAAAAAAAAUUCCUUUCCAGUUUGAGCUGGAAAACUGGUGUUCUGUGGUUUAAUCACUGUCGAUGACUCUGCAGCCCCUUAUUACAUACUAGCAUGUAGAAUUUUUAUAUUUCUCCCUUGCCAUGGCUGUCUCAUACAAUACAACUCGGUGUUCAGUACAGUUCAAGAAGUCAUCUAAGUUCAGUUCUCUGAAUUGUAUGUAGAAUUUGCUUUUUUAGUUUUGUUUUUUCUUUUUCUCAUAAAGCAAUGUUUUUGUUUGUUUCAACUAUUGAAAUUAUUCCUCACAGUUGCCCAGUUUUGAAAUCUGUUCAUCGUAGAGAAUAGGGACACCCCAGGAAAAAUAGGGCACAGUACAUGAAAAGAUAGUACUUGGUUUUCCCUUUCAAAAGGCAAAAUGAUCCUACUUUGGAGUCUCCUUUCUGCCUUAUUCUUGACCUUAUUAAACUUGUGUGGGAUCUUAUUUGCCAUGGAACUGGCUUUGCUCAGGAUGUAAACUAGAGAAUUUAAAGGAAUGUCUCCAAGUGCAUUGAGCUGAUGGAACUUUCUUCCCUAAUGUUUUAGGGUUUUUUUUUUAACUGUUUUUUUUCUUACUCCUCACCUUAUCCUUGUGAAUACUCUGAAGAUAAUUCUCCAGGUUCUUUCUGUUAUUUCCCAUUGGAAAUUGGAACCCGGGCUGUGCCUUAAAAGUGUGCAGAGUGAACAGAUCUGGAAACCAGAUUUCUCAGCUAGAAAAGAUACCAUGUUGUCCCUUGUAGCACCAAACACAGCUGUGAUGAAUUAUUGGUGUAAAUAUUUAUUUAAAUAAAUUAACAAAUAUUUAAGUAAUGUCUUCUACCAGCUAACAUUUAUGCCACAUUGUGGGAAGAGUUGCAUUUGUCUGGUUCACUCCUUACCGUGGUGCAUGGUACACAGUAGGCACUGAAUGAUGUAGAUAAAUGAAUCAACAGGUAUAUGGGGGGUGUACAGGACAUUUAAAGCCAUGGUAUCCAUGGGGAUAUGAAGGUGUGAGUUCACCAGAAAUGCACACCUAAGUAGAAAUAGACUGGUUAGUGAAAGAGACUAGUCAGUGUAGAAUUACAUACUAGUAUGUAGAAUUUUAGUGUUUCUCCCCUUCCGUGGCUAUCUCAUAUAAUACAACUAAGUGUUCUCUGCAGUUGAAGAAGUCACCUAAAUUCAGUUCUCUGGACAGUCUUAUGACAUUGGAGGGAAAAAAAAUCUAAUAUGUGAUAGGGUUGUCCUUUUAAGUAAGUGUAAAUUGGAUCCAUUAUUUAAUACACAGUGUCAGGGAUGGCUGUUUUUAAACAAAGUUAGAAUCUAGGCUCAUACCAUGUACUAAAGUCAAGGGACAAAUUGGGGAAAAUAUUUGCAAUAAAAGUCAAAGAAUGAGUGUUAUUAAUAUAAAAUGGGCUCUUAAAAAAUAGUAAAAAAAUAAAAAGACUAAUAAUCUCAAUAGACGUGAGCAGAUAAUUCACAGGGAAAAAAUGUUCAGUCCCAUUUCUCAAAGAAAUGCAAAUAAAACUAAGGUGGUAUUUUUUUACCUGUUGAAGUGGCAGAUGAAACACCAGCUAGUACUUAACUAGUACUUAACCUUUUUGUGUGCCUGCCACUAUUCUGAGUGUUUUAUGAGCUACCAGCACUCUCACACACAGAAAAAUUUAUCGAGUUACACAUUUAACAUCUGUGCACUGUGUAUGUUAUACCUCAGUGAAAGAGCUGUUUUGUGUGUAAGCAGCUUGCUUUACAGUCUCUUGGAAGCCGAGUCCCUGUCAUGCCUUGGUUGGUCUGACCCUGUGCAUCCUUGGCCUGAUUCUUAGGUGUAAGGUGACAGCUGCUGUUUGAACAGUCUUGUUCCCGCUAAGGCUGCUGAAAUGUUCUCUUUAACCUUGUGUGUUAUCUAUUUGUGGCUGUUUGACAGUCAUAAACUGGGUAAUUGGAUGUAAUGGUCUUGGAAGCAAAAAUAUUCUUAUUGAAUCUCCUCUAUCCUCAUAAUACUUUGUGCAUCAGAUGUGGUAUUUAUAAAAAAAUAAAACUGCCUUGCCAAGUAGCUUGUAUUCCUGUGCCCGAGUCUGCUGCUGUGGCAGAAAAGACAAGAGAGAUUGAGUCUUUCAUUUGUAUUUCCCUCAGUGCCUGGCAUGGUGCCUUUCACUCAGAAUGUACAAUGAAUGUUCAUGAAAAAAAAUUUUUUUUUCCUCUUGACAUCAAUAAAGUAAUACAUCUUAAA